UUUGCGUUGAGUGAAGGUGAAGGUCUUCAGUAUGGCUGCUAAUAUCACUUUUCCAGCCGUGCACAUUCCAAGAAACACACACACACAUUGCCCACUGGUCCCAUUUGCAAGUCUGCAUUAGUAGUUAUUCUAUAACAUCUUUCCCUGAAUUAUGACUUGCGGAUAUUACACAAACUCCUUGUCGAGAAUUCGACAUUUGUUAAACUUAUCCGGGUUUAGAACCAAACAACAAUGUUGCGGCAUGCAGGGAAGGCGAAUCCUGUAUCUUCCAAGGUGUAUUCAUGUGUGCCAGUAUCACUCAAGUCAAUUGAUGAGGCAUUCGCAGAAAACUGUCUCGAACAAUAAUUUCAAAAGCAAAGUAGAAACGGGCCCAGGAUUGAAAGACUUUGUGACACAUAGAAGUGUAAAUCCUCCGCUGCAGAAUGAUUGUGAUGAGAGUAUUCCAUACGUUGAGGAUACCAGUUACAGUGGACAAAACAGAAAAGUAUAUUUUGAGACAUAUGGAUGUCAGAUGAAUGUUAGUGACACGGAGGUUGCUUGGUCAAUCCUGAAGAAGAGUGACUUCUCAAGAGCUGACAAUCUGAAAGAGGCUGACGUGGUGUUGGUGAUGACAUGUGCGAUCAGGGAGGGAGCGGAGGAAAAGAUCUGGAACAGGCUGGAGUAUCUGAAGACACUGAAGACGAGGCGUGGCAAGAAAGCUCCACCCAUGAAAAUAGGGAUAUUAGGUUGCAUGGCGGAGCGGUUAAAGUCCAAGAUUGUAGACAGAGAGAAGAUGGUGGACUUGGUGUGUGGACCUGAUGCCUACCGAGACUUGCCGCGCAUGUUGGCCGUCACACGGAACAACCAGGCAGCAGUGAAUGUCCUGCUGUCUCUAGAAGAAACAUAUGCAGAUGUUGUUCCUGUCAGACUCAACCAAGACUCUAAAUCAGCUUUUGUGUCCAUCAUGCGUGGGUGUGACAACAUGUGCACCUACUGCAUCGUGCCCUUCACUCGCGGGAGGGAGAGGAGCAGACCCAUCUCCUCCAUACUGGAUGAGGUGCAGGGACUCGCGGAGCAGGGUGUAAGGGAGGUAACUCUGCUCGGACAAAAUGUCAACAGUUACCGUGAUAGCUCGGAGCAGACUCCCCAAAUUGGCGCCACCCAGCUGAGUGCCGGUUUCAGGACGGUGUACAAGCCCCGCCAGGGAGGCCUGAGAUUUGCUGAGCUGCUGGAGAAAGUGGCGUCGGUUGACCCCGAGAUGAGAAUCAGAUUCACGUCACCUCACCCGAAAGACUUCCCUGAUGAAGUGCUGCAUCUGAUUCAAGAGACGCCCAACAUCUGUACUCAGAUCCACCUGCCGGCCCAGAGCGGCAACAAUCAGGUGUUGGCUGCCAUGAGACGAGGCUACACCAGGGAGGCCUACCUGGACCUGGUCAGUCACAUCAGAUCCAUCCUGCCUGGGGUGGCCUUGACAAGUGACUUCAUUGCGGGUUUCUGUGGGGAGACAGAGGCGGCUCAUCACGACACUCUGGACCUCAUCAGACAAGUGAAGUACAACUUUGCCUACUGCUUUCCCUACAGCAUGAGACAGAAAACUCGAGCCUACCAUCGCCUUAGUGAUGAUGUUCCCGAGGAUGUCAAGUCAAGACGCCACAUGGAGCUGAUAGGAGCUUUCCGCCAGGGAGCCCAGCAGCUCCACACAGCUCAGAUUGGCUGCCAGCACCUGGUCCUUGUUGAAGGGGACAGUAAGAAAAGUGUGCAGGAGUUCGCAGGGCGAAACGAUGCCAACACUAAAGUCAUAUUCCCCAAGAUGGAUGUGCCGUCUUGUGCGGGGUCCAAACAGCAGCGGGUUGUCUCCCCUGGGGACUAUGUGGUGGUGCAGGUGACGUCGUGUUCCUCCCAGGUGUUGAAGGGUGUUCCUCUGUACCACUCCACACUACAGAGCUUCCACCACCAGAACACAGUAACCAGAGUCCAGGCCACAAGAACGUAGAGACUCCAUGUGUGUGUGUGUGUGGAUAAUGUAUGAGCAACAGAGGAAUAAAUGUGUGUAUUGUUGGAAAUCA